AAUCUGUUCAAAACAAAAAAAAUACCCCGAAGCGGCGUCGAUUUGUAUCGCUUAGGUUGUUUUUGCUCCAAAAAGUGCUUAAAACUCGCAUUUACCUUGUGAAACUAAUCUUAACGUGAAGUUUAUCAUCUUGUAAUAGCAAUCAAUAUCAAUCUACAAACAUGACAACCGCAAUUGAUCCCGAUCUGCGCACCAAAAUCGACACCGCUUGCCGGACGGCCGAGGAAUUCACCAAGCUGUAUUACGAAAGCGUAGACAAGAAACGCCACCAGAUGGCUCGACUCUACAUGGAUAACGGGCUGCUGGUGUGGAAUGGUAACGGCGCCAACGGCAAGGACAACAUCCAGAAGUACUUCCAGGAACUGCCCCGCUCGGAGCACAUCAUGAACACCCUGGACGCGCAGCCUAUCAUCGACGACGCUGUGUCCUCGCAGCUUACAUUCAUCAUUCAGGUGUCCGGAACGGUUAAGUUCCAGGACAAUCCCACCAAACCGUUCCAGCAGACGUUCAUGAUCACGGCGCAAGGCGACAAGUGGAAGAUUGCGAGCGAUUGCUUCCGGUUGCAGGAUGCUAUCUUUUAAGAGCUGCUGCGGAUCAAUACACGGAUGAUUUGGAAGAGA